CUGGGGUGGAGAUGGGGAGGGGGGCUUUCCCUUGCGUCUUUUUCCUCCCUCUCUCUCUCUCUCUCUCUCUCUCUCUCUCUUUCUCUCUCUGUUACUCUAUCCAUCUCUAUCUCUGGCACUGACCAACCAGCUCUCCAGGGCUAAGGAGGAGAAGAGAGACUGCAAGUGAUUGACAGACAGAAGGACAGACAGACAGAGUGACGGGUCUUCGGUGGGGACCUGGAAACGUUGAGGACAUUUCUGUAGUGGAUGACCGCUGAGACAGACGGGUCCUGUGUAAAGGUCAGCUGUGACAGCAGUGUUUCCAUGGCUCUGGAUGGUUUCAACAUUCUCCUCCACAAACUGAGGGAGUCCCAUGACCUAGAGGUCCAAAAAUGGCAAGAGAAAUUGCAGGAGCUAACCAAUAAAAAGGGCUGGGUAAUAUGUUGAUGUGUGGGAGACGUAUUGAUACAGCGCUUCUUGGUGUGAUGGUCUAAGUAGUGAUACAAAGAGAAUGGAGGAGCUGUUCAACAGGAACCAACAGCUGAGAGAGCAGCAGAGGUUGCUCACAGACAACAUCAAACAACUGGAAAACAGGUUGAGGGCGGGGCUGUGUGACAGGUGUACUGUGACUCAGGAUGUGGCCAAGCGCCGGCAGCAGGAGUAUGAGACCUCUCAGAUCCAGAGCCUACAGCACAUCUCCAUCCUGGCUGGAGAGAUGAACACGAUGAAAAAGGAGAACCAGAGGCUGCGAGAGGAAGUCAGGCAUCUGAGAGUGGCACUAGAAGGUCAGAAUGGACAUUCCUCCUCCCAGAAUGCAACUCCAGAGGUCAGACAGUCGGCUGACCUUUCACCUUCUGCUAUGCCACACAUCCUCACAGCCAUCAGGUCUAUUAACCAGCCAUCAGAGGGCGCCACUGCAGGGCUGUCCAUAGUGAAGACUGAGACAGACCACAGCCUCUCUUUUAGAGUUGACGAUACACUACCUGAACGCAGAGAUGUGAGGGGAUUGAACGGAAAACAAUCCUAUGAAUCUCAUAAGCCCCUAUCCAUGUCCACUCCCAUCCCACAAGCAUUGAGGCCAGAGCACAGUACAGCCAGAGGGAACACUGGGCAGAAGAGAGCCAAUAGUGUGGAGAUGGUUGGUCAGCAGUGCUCCCCUGUCGCUCCCACCAUUCCACACCCCCUACUUGUCCAGAAAGACAGGCCUCUCUCCUCUUCAUCCUCCUUCUCAUCCUCCUUAUCCACCUCUUCCUCUCUACCUGGAGAUGAGAAGCACAGCCGUCACCUGGUCCAUGCUCCGGUCCCUUACUGGCCGCGCCCCAUCAAAAGUGCUCGUCUCUCCCUCCCCUGGCCCCUGCCGGAGCACUCCGACUGGGUCACCGUGGCCACCUCUGUGGACGACGGCUUGGUGUCCCAAUCCAAACAUAACCUCAACCUACCACGCUUCCCUAAUCUACAGACCUACGUCCAGCAGAACAGCAGCCUUGGGAAGGCCUGGCUCAAGCCCAGCCACCCUCCCCAGGCCAGCCUGACCAGGAGUCUGUCCACUGAGCACGGGGAGAGACCAACAGCAUGGGUACAGGACCGUGACAGGCGGGUGGCGCCACACUCGUGGAGCCAGGCAGUGGUGCAGGCAGAGAUGGUGUUCGGGGAGAGUCUGAAAGAGGCUGACUCUCCUCUGGACCUGUCUGAUCCUGGGAGGUCCAAAAGCAUUAAGUCACCACAGGACAGCAAGGCCAGCCCCACGCUACAGGACGUGUACAUAGAAGGGGAGACAUCUAACAGGACCACCAGGACAGACUCCUCGCCACAGAGCCAGGCCUGUCCCCCCUCCACACCUGCUCUUCCUUCAUCCUCCUCUUCUACACGUCCCACCAGCCAACAGAGUCAAAGCCCCAACAACCACAACCUUAAGGAGGAAGAGCAGCCAGAGAAGGAGGAAGCUGAGGGGAAAGUAGAUCAAAAGACAGGAAAGGACUCUGAGGACAGGAAAGUCCCUGUUCUGACCAUCUCAUUGCGCCCAGUGGUGCUCCUUGAGGCUCUGAAUUCUGGAUUGCAGAAGCAACUUUUCUCCAACGGCAAGUCAGGGAGCAGAUCAGACCACCAGGAAGUGGAAGGCAGUCUGUCUGAGUCUGAGAGCAGCCAGAGAUCCAAGAGGACUGGGCUGGACACAGACACAGACACAGACACAGAGGUUCGAUGUAAGAAAGAGGAACAAGGCAUCGUGGUCCCCAGGAGGACCUCUCUCAGCUGUGUUCCACCCUGACUGCAAUAGAGAUGACGCCCUCACGGGGACUGGAACAGAGGGGCAGCCAGUGCCAAAGACUUGGACAGAACGUCUUCCAUCUGACUGUUGUCCUCAUGGUUCUAGCUAGUGGGCUUUAUUAAUUUCAAUGGAAUAACCUUGAUAGUGACUAACUAGAUAACAGCAUUGUGAUAAAUAUUGAAUCCUCCUCCAGCUGAUAAAGAAUGUUUUCCACACUGACUUCCCAGUAUUGCUGUUGUCUCUGAAGGCCACGCAGGGGGAGUAAUUCUGCUGCAAUACCUACUUUAUUUAUCUCUUUCUUUCUCCAUCUCUCUCCAUAUUUCUCUCCCUCUCUCUCUCUCCCUCUCUCUCUCUCCCUCUCUCUCCAUAUCUAUCUCCCUCGCUCUCCCUCUUUCUCCAUCUCUCUCUCUCUCUUCCUCACUCUCUCCCUC